UCAUUUUCAUAUCAUCAUCUUCAUUUCUUACAAUUUCUCACAGUUUGUCGCAAUACACCGAAUUCAAAGCUAAAAUCUAGUAUUCGAUUGAGAAAAUGGACGCAAAGAAGGGAGCAGGAGGAAGGAAAGGCGGCGGACCAAGGAAGAAAGCAGUUUCAAGAACCGUUAGAGCUGGUCUUCAGUUCCCCGUCGGAAGAAUCGGCCGGUUCUUGAAGAAAGGCCGAUAUGCUCAACGUGUUGGUACCGGUGCUCCUGUUUACCUAGCUGCUGUUCUUGAGUAUCUUGCUGCUGAGGUUCUUGAGUUGGCGGGAAAUGCGGCACGUGAUAACAAGAAGAAAACGAUUAGUCCGAGACAUUUGUGUUUGGCUGUGAGGAAUGAUGAAGAGCUUGGGAAGUUGCUGGCUGGUGUUACUAUUGCUUAUGGUGGCGUUCUUCCUAACAUCAACCCAGUGUUAUUGCCGAAGAGGACUGAAAGUGCUGCUAGUUCUUCUAAGUCUCCUUCCAAGGCCAAGAAAUCUCCAAAGAAGGCUUAGAUAGCUUUAUUUAUUUCUUUGUUGUUUUGUGUAUAUAUCAUAGAUUGGGAUUUCUCAUGUUGCUGAGAAUUGUUCAAUGAAUACCAAGUGAUGUAAUUUGAAUUCUGAGUCUCAUGUAGGAGUUUGAUUGGUUAAUGAAAACAUUUUGUUUUUAGUCACUUUCAUUGUUUAGCUGAGAAGUUCAUAUAGUUUG